AUGAUGCACGUCACGAGCGGCCUCGCCACGCCGGUGGCCGGUGAGAAGCGAUCGAAACCAGCGAAAAAGGAACCACCACCAGGGCCGGAACCACGCAAGGUGUCCAGCUUCAUCCAGCGGUUCUACCUGUUCGGUACCAACGCCGGUUCACCGGAAGUACCGGAGGGUACCGGCGAAUCACCGAAGGUGAAAAAGGCGAAGGUCGGUGAUCAUCAACCGAUCGAUGCGAGGCGGGAUUCGAAACCCCCCAACAGGUCUUCCAGCGUGGAAAGCAACGGGAGUGUUCCUUCAACGCCGGAACCAUCCUCCAAGGAACCGAGUCCGGUUCAGUACCCAUCGUACAGUGUGCAGCGUUUGCGGCAGUUCUGGAACAAUCGGCUCUUAUCCGGGUCCGGAAGUCAGCAAACGAGCGCAACGGCCGCCGGUUCGUCCGUCGAUACGUUGGUGAGAAAAACGAAGAGCGCCACAAUCGCGGCUCCCACGGGUGUGGCCACGCGAGCAGCUUUACGAAAGUCCCCUUCACCGAAGGCGGUUUCACGGUUCCACCGGAACGGUUCCAUUGGCCGCUCGGGAAAGCGCCGGUUGACGCUAGACGAUCUGGACAGUUGUGUCCGGGUUUCGCAGGAUCUCCCGCUGCGACGACAGUCACAACCAACCGGGGAAGGUGUGGGAACGCAGAAACGUACCUCCCAUGCGGCACUGCUCAGUCCGGACCGGGAAUCGGUGCAGCAGUUGGUUGAGAAGCGACCGUGCAUUGGAACGGUUGGGUUAGGUCCUGUGGGUGCUGUUACAGCGGGCAGCGCAGUACCUACGGUGAGGGAUUCGUUCCCGUUGGCAAUUUCGACACCCACCGGUGGCCAGAUUCAUUGGGCUCGACGAACAGAGCUGCUCGGAAUUCGGGCACUUACGCAGGACGAAAAAAGGCAGCGCAUGAAAAUGCCACUGCGAGUGGAGAACUACGUCAACAGUUUCAUCGAUGUGGACAUUCAGAGCGUUACGGGGCAGGACGCUUCAAUGGAGGCUGGAAGCAAGGAACAGUCACAAUCACCACACGCAGACACACCUGCGAGCUGCGAUGCUUCAUCUCGAACGUCGAAUACGUCGUCGCUUAGACGAAAAGUUAACACACCGACGCGGAAGAUAAGCUUCCUGAACAAUAUAUCACCAUAUAACCGUAAGCUGCUGGCCUGCAACGGCACCAAGGUGGCCGCGUUGACCAACAAAUUCAACCAAAUGAUACAGCAGGAUGCCAGCCUGCUUGAGCAGGUCAAGAAGCGUGGCGGUUACCUGCAAAAGUGCGGUAAUGUGGCGUACAAAGUGCUGGAAGACCCCGGGUGCGAUAGUGGGUACGGGUUUACGACGGCCAGUCGGAAAAGUGGUGCAAGAGGCAGCUUGCGAAAGAAAAACUCCAACGCUUCUGCCACGUCCGGGAACGGAGGUAAUCGUACGGAUGAAAGCUCGGACGAAAUCUCGUCCGUAUCGAGCAAGAACUCAUCGAUCCGCAAGGUGGGCGUACGUAAGCGACCUAGCCUAAGGAAGAACAUCUACCGGCGGCCAGAAUGGGAAACGGGUCGCAGUUCACUGGGUGUUCGCAAGGUGUUGGAACUGUUCGAACCGAACGUGCAGCAUAAUGGAGGUGUUCGUGGUAGGCGCGCGGAAAACGGGUCCGCCUCGACGGGUCAUGGCGAUACCGGGAAGCCACCGCCGGGGCGAAGCAAACCGAAGGUACCGGAUAAAAGCGAGCACGUGCUCAAGAAGACGAAGGACAUCAAGUCGAAGAAGGUGCGUCCGGCGUUGAACGAUGUUGGAGAGGCUUCGGAUGCGUGUGACAUUGGGGCGAGAGAUGAGCCAGAGGGAUCUACUCCUGCAAUCGUCGAGUCAACAGACGAUAGUGUUCCAGAUGGACCAACCCAAGAAUUCAGCGACAAAGAACUGUCAAAUGUAGCUCCUGAGAGUGUGUCUAAGGAAGAGCCUAUCGUUUCGACUAUUGUUGCAGCUAAUGAUCAGCAGGAGCAAGUUGUCCCACCAAAGGAUGUGAAGGAGAAGAAAAAGAGCAAAAGCACCGUCUCUAAAAUCUACGAGCGUUUAACGUUUAGAUCGUCCAAAAAGAUCCCAACCGAAGUGUCGGUCGCAAGUGAAGCCCCGCAAGAGAUCGUGAUCGUACGGGAUGAGGCUAGCACCCGGAAACCUAGCACCGGAUCGACCCGGCGAUCGUUUGUGUCAUCCAUCGAAAUUCCAGCGAUACAGAUUGAUGAUAUGCCAGUACCACAACCCAUCGCGCUGCCAGCGGAAACUCCAAGCGAUAAGGAUACAUCCGAACAAAAGAUCCUCGAGGCGCUUAGUGCCGUUAACCAGAGGAUCGACAAUCUUUCCAAGAGCGUCUGUGACUUAACUCUCUCCAACUCCAAGAGCGCAAUUCUGCCAAAUAUCACCCAAACGACCAGCAUCCAGCCAGUGCUUCCGAACUCGUCGUUCCUGUUCCGUGACGGUGGAAGCCGACGAGGCCCCGGGAUGGAAGCAGCCAACAGGCACGCUAGCCAGCGGAACAUCGUCGAAGCGGUCAACACCGUUGUCAUCAAUAAAUCCAUCUCGAUGGACGAUCAUCACUUCCCGUGUUCGCGCAGUUCAGCAAGCAGAUUGAGCCUGAACGAACGUUCGUUGACGCAGCGUGGUCAGGAAGAUGGUUACGAGCUGGUUACGCGACCUGACGAAAGUCGGAUGCUUCCCGAUCUAGAGUCAAUCUCCAGUACCUCACUCGCAGCGACGAUCGAUCUCACAGAGCUGACCUCUAAAAUCGAGUCAUUUGUCCACAAAUCGAAGCGUGAAGCGGACAAUAUUUACCAGAGCAUUCCUCAGAAGGUUGUCGCCUCGAACAAGAACCACUUAGUGCCCGAGGACACGGUUAGCAUCAACAGCUACGAAUCGUUCGAGAACUACGAAUCUAUCGAACACGAGGCGCGAUCGGACACGCUGCGGGCGUUCGAGUUGGAAGCAUCAGCACGUGAAGAGGACACGUACGAAAUCUGCAGUCCACCACCAGAGUUGCCACCCGCCCGGGAGGAUUCCCGGAAUGACCUCACUCUGCCACAACCAAAGCGCAAUUUAUCCUCAUCCCCGAAAACGCUGCCCAAGCACCUGCAGGUGACUUACCAAUCCAAUUACGAGCGCAUCAAGUACAGUAAGAUCCCUCCCAGGCCACCUAAGCCGGAAGAGGUUCCGCUGCCACCGAGGAACAACUCCGCGGCGAGCAUUCCCGCUGGUGGCACCAGUCCAUUGAACGUCACGCUGGAUAGCAUAUCCUCGACGGAGUUUCCUCCAAGCCCGGGUGCAGAUUUGCUGGACAAAUCAGCCCACAGGCCGGAAGGUGGACUGCCGGAAAACAUAUACGAGGAGAACAUCUACGAUACGAUCCGGAGCGCGGAUGGGGUCGAUUACGACGAUCCAGCCACUGGCGGAAGCUCAGCCGAACUGGAGCCUAACCACGCGGAAACGAGUUUGCAGAACCGCCGAACGUAUGAACGGCCACCAGAGGGCCACGGACAACAGCCUUCGCCGCCAGCGGACAGCGUUUCGCUCGUAUCGUCCAACUGCUACGAGUCGAUCGGUUCGAGGUUGGAAUUUGUACGCCAGCUUGCGCUGAACCGCCGCAGUAUGGGCGGAUCGACGACGACGUUGGCAUCUGACCACAUCACCAACAGCCUGUACGGUACCACGGUCGGGCUGGCAAGCUUAACACCACCAAGUGAACGUGGUAGUGACACAAGCAAUAGUGCCGACUGGACCGAUAUCUCCGACGAGGACGACGGCGGGCGUGGCGAUGGGAUGGGCAGUGGCGGGAUCACGGGUUCGAAGCGGCCGAAUUUCAUUGUCGUGCGAGAGCGCAAGCGGACUCAUCAUACACCGUUAAGGUCGCGGAAACUGGCUCGGAUCGCGCACCCGCGGAUAGACGAUGAUUCCGACCACCAUUACGAGUCCCUCUACUCGGUUGGAUCGAACGAAGGUAAACAAGUGGAGCAUCCAGAGCAGCAUACAAAUGGCGCCAUCUCCAAUCCGGCUGGAGCCAAUUUUCACGAACACCGAGGUGAUCCUUCCGGCACGCUGCUGUCCAAUGACGAUGAGUUCGAUUCGUUCGAUAGCGACGACACGGAGGACGAAUUCGAGGACGAAGAUGACGAGCGCAACCGCGCCCGCACGGACAGUGGCGUUGACAUCCGGAAUGCGAAGUUACCCGAUCCACCUCCCUCGAACAGCCAGGUGUACGUGCUGGUGCAGAAGAUCAAGAGCCUUGGCACACUGUCAAAAUCGGAGAUCGCGAAGGGUUUCCACAAGCUUUCGAAGAAAAAGCCCACCAAAGGAUCCGCAACGUACGAGAACGCGCCCGCUCUGCCUUCCAAGCCGUCCAGUAAGACAGGUUCCAAAGCCUCCUCCAAACCGUUCAAACUGCAGCUCCCUUUAGUCGGUGGUGGUGGUGGUUUAGUGCCGAAACCACCACCAGAAGACUACGAGGACGCACCGUUACCGGGUACGCAUCCUGCGCUGCCUGGUUCUGCGUCCUUGCUGUUGGCCUCCUCACCGUCGCUGUCCUCGGUGUCCGCGUCUAACCCGUGCGUGCUCAUCUCUAGUCCUACCGCGGAGCAACAGCCCUCUGCAGGUGUACGCAGCACGAGCGAGUCGAGCAACGUGAGCAGCAAUGUCCUGCGACCUUACGGUACCGUCACCGAGGAGGUCGCAACGCGCAAGAAGAGCAAAACAACCAAGUCACUGCGGUCGAAGCUGCGCAAGAGUCUCGUUUCCGACACGGCGAACCUCAACAUUGGCAGCUCGUUCAAUGGCUCGCGGAGUACGUUCUACGUGACGUCCGCAGAUGUUGAUUCGGGGAUUUUUAACGGUUCCGAAGGAUGCCUUAAUCCACCGAUCGCUUCAUCGACGCUUCUCGAGGCGAGUCCUGUAAAGGCUUCCGAGGACAAUCGACGAAAAUCACUGGCCAGUACCGGUGGCGUAAGUCUCCGACCGACGAUACCUCCACCACCGCCACCAGCCGAAGCUGGCAAGAAACCGCACGUGAUGGGAUCUGCACUUUCUCCGUUGUUGGCAGGCGGAAAAUCAGCGAGCCGGAAGUUGGGCGCUACCUCGUGGUACGCGGAAUGUGGUGUGUUCAAACAAUCGCACUCGUUCGGGACGGGCAGUGAUCAAUCGCUAACAGGCAUCAAAGGUGGCAACGUUAGCCCACAGUGCUCACUUCCGGCCAAAGAUGGUGGAUCUGCUGGUGAUCGAACGACAGCUUCCAAUGGGUUGAUGGCAACGUCGUGGUACGCAGAUAUCUACCAAACCAGUGGCGCCUCGGUGGCUAGCUCUAGCGAAAGCUCGGGCGUUUCGACCGGUGGUGAAGGUGGCCCUGGAGAUGAUCACUCGCACAGCAUGUUCGUGAAUGAACCGCUCUAUCAGAUCUACAACGCUGCUAAGCUGGAGUCGAUCACGCGCGAUAUCGAUGCGGAGAUCAGUGGUCGGUCGGAGGCGGAAUUGUACGACGAUGGGUACGAGAAGAUCGCAGAACGUAACCGCCGACGGACGGCUGAUGGCGAUGAAGGUGGUUCUACGAGCUGUGGGAGUUCUUCCACCGAAGGUGAUGAUCGCAGCGAUCGAUCGUCGAUGCAUUUGCGCAAGCCAUCGCGUCCUACCGCACUGGAACUGAUUGAGCCGAAUGUCGGAAAGCUACGGACGCUCUGGUGUGAAGUUCCGGAGGUACGAAACUCGGAAAUACUAGCCACGUUAACUCCGACUGAGAAGCGCCUGCAAGAGGCCAAAUUCGAGAUACUAACCUCGGAAGCUUCCUACCUGAAGUCACUUAACCUGCUGCGGACGCAUUUCGUCAAUCAUCCGGCGUUCCGGGACACCCGCAUCCUGAGCUCGUCGGAGCGUAAGACGCUCUUCUCGUCCAUCAUACCGGUCCAAGAAUGCUCGGACCGGUUGCUGUGUGAUCUGGAGAACUGUUGGCAGGACAACAUCAUGCUGCUGGGUUUGAGCCACAGCAUCUACAAACACGCCGAGAAGCACUUCCACGUGUACGUGAGCUACUGCGAGCACCAGGCCAAAAUCGACCGUACGCUAAAGGCGCUAAAAGCGAACAAACCCGAAUUCGCGCGGACACUUGCCGCCCUGGAAGCGGAUCCGGUGUGUUGUAGCCUGAGCCUGUCCUCCUUCCUGAUGCUCCCAAUGCAGCGGAUCACGCGCAUGCGCCUGCUGCUGGACGCGGUGCUACAACGCUGCCAACCGGAAGAUGACGACGAAUUCGGCAGCUGGGAGAGCACGUUCGUGCUGAUCAAUCGCAUCCUGACGCAGUGCAAUGAUGCCGCUCACCGGAGCGAACAGCUGUACGAGAUGGAGCUGCUAUCGCGGCAGAUCGAGUUCCCGACGGCCGUACGUCCGUUGCCCAUUGUGCCGUGUGGUAUCGGAGCCGCCCCGAGCACUAUGCACCGGAAGCUGGAAAAACGCGGCGAGCUCGUGCACGUCCUGUGGCGUGGUGACGACGCAAAGCUCACCUUCGGCAAGAAGUUCUCCAAAAGCAACGUGUACGCGUUCCUGUUCACGGAUCUGCUCGUGCUGACCAAAAAGAAAAGCGAUGAAAGCUACCUCGUGAUAGACUACUGCCAGCGGGCACUGUUGACCGUCAGCUCAGGUGACGUCGUACCCGGGCUGCCGGCCAAAGAGAUGCAAACGAUCGGCAAAAAUCUUAUCAUCAUGACGCUGCUGGAAAACCACGAGGGCAAGACGAUCGAAAUGAUUCUCAGCUGCCCCUCCGAAACGGAGCGCGAACGUUGGCUUAUGGUGACGGAACCGCCGGCAUCCGAGAAUCCGGACGAAAAGAUCUACGAACAGUGGGACUGCCCGCAGGUGAUCGCGGUACACCCGUACGAAGCCUUGCAACCGGACGAGCUUGAUCUUGACAUCAAGGACGUGGUCAACGUACACCGCAAGAUGGCCGACGGCUGGUACGAAGGUGAGCGCAUCCGAGACGGUGCCGUCGGUUGGUUCCCGAGCAACUACACGAAGGAGAUCCCAUCCGCCCACAUACGGGCGAAGCACAUCAAGCAGCGCCAUCUGCUGCUGACGUACACCUCGAAGUACAUCGACACUGCCACCAAAGCCCACCAGCAUCUACACCAGCAGCAGCAGCAGCAGCAGCAACAGCAUCAACAGCAGCAGCAACAACACCAACACCAUCAGCAGCAGUUGUCGGGUGGACAUGCAGUUGGGUCGGCAUCGUCGGCUGCAACGGCUGCGAUUUAUGCCACGAGUGCGCCACUGCACGAGUUGUACAAUAGUCAGCAUGAUUCGGCGACUGCUGGACAGCAGCAGCAAGCGGACCAACAGCAGCAGCAGCAGCAACAGUCCGGUGCCAGCUCGUCCUCGAACGGGGCUCCAACGUACACGGAGCUGUCCAAUCACAACCCGAACCGUGGGUUGUCUGCGUACGGAAACCCGCAGUACCCGGUGAGCACGUCGACGCACGGGUACACUGCUUCGACGAGCACGUCAUACAACUCGGCAGCUAAGCCGUACCGUCCGUGGGGUGCGGAGAUGGCUUGCUAA